AUGGCGGACGUUGUACAGUACAGGCUCGAGCGCAUGGUCAACGAGCUCGAGGACCUUGAGCGACGAGGCCUCUUCUCUCGCCAGGAAAUUGCGGAGGUCGUGAGGCAAAGGAGGAAGUUCGAGUACAGGCUCAAGCGUCCGAGCCCUCUCAAGCAGGACUUUCUGGCUUAUAUUGAGUACGAGAAGCAGCUGGAUGCUCUCCGCCUCUCCGCAAGAAGGCGGUGGCUCGGGGGCUGA